GUAAACCCGGGGUGCAAUUAGUAAACCCGUUAUGUUACGUGAGAAACUAUCUGUGUUGGCUACCUUCAACAAGUCGUAGUGGUAGUAGUGAUCAGCACGAACAAACAACGCACACAACACACUACAUUGAAAUUGAAAACCACCCUAACUAAUCACACACUAUUACUAACCAGUAAGGACCCUCGUUUUCUUUUUCAGUUACUACUCAUUACUCUCUUUCUCUCUUCGAUGGCCGGAAUCCGUUUGCAGCCGGAGGACUCCGACGCCUCCAACCAAGCAAGAGCUGUCGCACUCUCCGCCGCCGAUCUCGUCUCCGACGACGACCGUUCCGUCGCCGCCGACUCUUGGUCCAUCAAGAGCGAGUACGGCAGCACUCUCGACGACGACCAGCGACAUGCCGACGCGGCCGAAGCUCUCUCCAACGUCAACCUCCGAGCCCCCUCAGACUACAGUUCUGACAAGGAUGAAUCUGAUGCUGAAGCAGUUUCAUCAAUGCUGGGAUUUCAGAGUUACUGGGAUGCUGCUUAUGCUGACGAGCUCACAAAUUUUCGUGAACAUGGUCAUUCUGGUGAAGUUUGGUUCGGUGCUGAUGUGAUGGAAGUAGUUGCAUCGUGGACAAAGGCAUUAUGCAGUGACAUUUCUCAAGGUCGCAUACCAAAUCAUGUUGAUGAUGUUAAGGCUGAAGCUGGUGAACUAAGCAAUAAACUUUUAUCUAGUUGGAAUGUACUUGACAUUGGGACUGGCAAUGGUUUGCUUCUCCAAGAAAUAGCUAAACAAGGGUUCUCUGAUUUAACUGGUACUGAUUAUAGUGAACGGGCCAUCAGCCUCGCCCAAAGCCUUGCUAACCGUGAUGGGUUUCCCCACAUCAAAUUUUUGGUUGAUGAUGUCCUUGAAACAAAGUUGGAACAAGUGUUUCAACUUGUCAUGGAUAAAGGGACACUUGAUGCUAUUGGAUUACAUCCCGAUGGUCCUGUCAAGAGAAUGAUGUAUUGGGAUUCUGUUUCAAGGCUGGUUGCUUCUGGUGGAUUACUUGUUAUCACAUCAUGUAACAGUACAAAGGAUGAGUUAGUGCAAGAAGUGGAAAGUUUCAACCAAAGAAGAAGUGCUACUGCCCCAGAUGAUGAAUCAUGCAGAGAUCCCCUAUUUCGAUAUGUUAGUCAUGUCCGCACAUAUCCGACGUUCAUGUUUGGUGGAUCUGUAGGCUCCCGCGUUGCUACUGUGGCAUUUCUUCGAAAAUGAAGCCUGACCUUUUACCCUCGUGAUGAUUUUAGGUCUUUGAUAAAUGGGUUUGGUGUUGUGUUUGUGUAGUUAGAUGAAUUUGUUUAAUUUCUGGUGUUAUGUUCGUGUCGAACCGUAAAUAUUGUUCUUAUUUAUGUGACGAUUUAGUUCCCUUGUCCUUUCGUUUGGGCGAAUAGUUGUUAUCGUAAUUGGAGUCAAUGGAAAAAGGACAGAUAGUUCAGUGUGGCAAAAGAUUAUUUCACUCCAGUUCUUUUUAUGGCAGUAAUUACAACAGAUCUUUAGAUAAA